UUUUCAGCAGGGCGGAAGGAGCAGACGGUUUCCUGAUUGCUCCACGUUGUUGCCGGGGGGGGGGGACACGGUAACCGAGGCGCCUCCACUACACAUACCUGUGUUUGUGGCAUGUGACAGUUAGCGAGCAUCUCUUUUUUUUUUAACGCCGAGGAAAAAGGGAAGUUGUUCGGCGAAAGGGCUGUACGGGUAAAGGGUGAGCUCCCAGUUGGUCUCCCAUCGAGACAGAGAUGGAGCGGCUGUGCGGACCAGAGCUCCCUUUCUGGGUAGCCAAUCAGACGUUCCACACGGACCAGCCCGACCUCCCGGAAUGUUUCCAGCUCUCCGUCCUUUCAUGGCUGCCGUGCAUCUGCCUUUGGGCCAUCUGCCCCAUCUACCUCUUCUAUCUCAAGAAGAACAACAGAGGAUACAUCAUGAUGUCCAUAAUGAACAGGUUCAAAACGGUGUUUGGCCUAUUGUUAUGGAUUGUGUGUUGGACAGAUCUCUUCUACACAUUCCACGAGCUGCGGCAGGGACACACACAGCCACCCAUCUACUUUAUCACCCCGCUGGUUCUCGGCAUGACCAUGCUCUUGGCCACGUUUCUGAUCCAGUUUGAGAGGUUACGCGGUGUCCAGUCCUCAGGGGUCCUCUUUAUCUUCUGGUUCCUGUGUGUGCUAUGUGCCAUCGUGCCUUUCCGCUCCAAGAUCCUCCAAGCCUCCAGCCAGAGCGAAGUCAACGACAAGCUGCGAUUCACUACAUUCUACUUCUACUUCGCCCUUGUGGUCUGUGAGCUGAUCCUCUGCUGCUUCAAUGAGAAACCUCCUCUCUUCUCCGAUGUCGUCACGGACCCUAAUCCCUGCCCUGAAGCCACAGCAGGUUUUCUCUCCACCAUGACGUUCUGGUGGUUCACAAGUAUGGCUAUUAAGGGCUACAAAGUGCCUCUGGAGAGCAAAGACCUGUGGUCUCUGAACCAGCGCGACACCUCCAAGGUGACGGUGCCCAAACUCCUCAACAACUGGGAGGAGGAGCUGGCGAAAGCCAAGAGUGAACAGAACCUGUCCAGUCAGGCGGUGUACUCCAAGCCCCCACCGUCCACCACAAACCACACCGGAGCGGGAGGAGGAAGCAGCCCCGAGGAAAUAGAGGUGCUGCUGUCCAGUAAGAAGGCGUCUCCCAGACAGCCCUCCUUCCUGCGGGCCCUCAUCAAAGCCUUCGGGCCCUACUUCCUGAUCGGGUCUGCCUUCAAGUUACUGCAGGAUAUCAUCACCUUCGUCAACCCUCAGUUGCUCAGGAUGCUGAUCUCAUUCACCAAACAGAAGGACGCUCCUGAUUGGUGGGGCUACUCGCUGGCCUUCCUCAUGUUCUUCACGGCCUUCUUGCAGACGCUCAUCCUCCACCGGCACUUUCAGUACUGUUUCGUCACCGGCAUGAAUGUACGCACAGCUGUCAUAGGAGCCAUCUACAGGAAGUCGCUGGUGAUCACUAACGCCGCCAAGCGCUCCUCCACGGUGGGAGAGGUGGUCAACCUGAUGUCGGUGGACGCGCAGAGGUUCAUGGACCUCACCACCUUCCUCAACAUGUUGUGGUCUGCUCCUAUUCAGAUCAUGCUGGCCCUUUAUUUCCUCUGGCAGAACCUCGGCCCCUCCGUGCUGGCGGGGGUUGCUGUGAUGGUCAUGCUGAUCCCGUUAAACGCUGUCAUCGCCAUGAAGACACGAGCCUACCAGGUGGAGCAGAUGCAGUACAAAGAUGCUCGUAUCAAGCUGAUGAACGAGAUCCUGAACGGCAUCAAAGUGCUGAAGCUGUACGCCUGGGAGAACUCUUUCAAAGACAAGGUCCUGGAAAUCCGUCAGAAGGAGCUCAACUUGCUGCGGAAGACAGCCUACCUGGGAGCGCUGUCCACCAUGGCCUGGACCAGCGCCCCGUUCCUGGUUGCUUUGACAACGUUUGCCGUGUACGUUUCUAUUGACGAGAACAACAUCCUGGAUGCGGAGAAGGCCUUUGUGUCACUCUCGCUCUUCAACAUCCUCAGGUUCCCUCUCAACAUGCUUCCCCAGGUCAUCAGCAGCAUAGUGCAGGCCAGUGUCUCACUGAAGCGAAUACAAGCUUUCCUGAGUCAUGAUGAGCUGGACCCAAAUUCAGUAGACAGGAAGAACACAGCCGCAGACUUUGCAGUGACAGUAGUCAAUGGGAAGUUCAGCUGGGCUAAAGAGGACCCUCCUGUCCUGCACAACAUCAACGUGAUGGUGCCUCAGGGUUCCCUGCUGGCGGUGGUGGGCCAUGUCGGCUGUGGGAAGUCCUCCCUGAUCUCUGCCCUGCUGGGGGAGGUGGAGAAACUGGAGGGAGAGGUCUCCAUCCGGGGCUCAGUAGCAUACGUCCCGCAGCAGGCCUGGAUCCAGAACGCCACGCUACGGGACAACAUCCUGUUCGGGAAAGACUACAAUGAGCCCAAGUACCGCUGCGUUCUGGAAGCCUGUGCCUUAACUCCUGACCUGGAAGUGCUUCCUGGAGGGGAUAUGACGGAGAUAGGCGAGAAGGGCAUCAACCUGUCGGGGGGGCAGAGGCAGAGGGUGAGUCUGGCCCGGGCUCUGUACAGCGACACUGACGUCUACCUGCUAGACGACCCGCUGUCUGCUGUGGACGCACACGUAGCCAAACACAUCUUUGACAACCUCAUCGGUCCAGAGGGGGUGCUGAAGGGCAAGACACGUGUUCUAGUGACACACGGCAUCAGCUUCCUGCCCCAGGUGGAUAACAUCGUGGUGAUGGUGGAGGGCCAGGUGUCGGAGAUGGGCUCCUAUCAGGAGCUGCUCAAACAGAACGGGGCCUUCGCAGAGUUUCUCAGGAACUACUCCCUGGAGGACAUCUUGGAGGAGGAAGAGGCCGCUGAUGAAAUCAUUGAGGAUGAGGAACUGUUCCCUGACGAUGCCCUUAGCAACCACACAGACAUGGUGGAUAAUGAGCCGGUGGUCAAUGAAGCCAAGCGGAAUUUCAUAAGGCAGAUCAGCAUCAUAUCAACAGAGGGAGAUAACCCAAGGUGCCGCUCAGUGAGGAGACACACCACAAGCCAGAGGAAACACGCGGACCAUCAAGAGAAGAAGAAACCGAACGAGCUGCAGAAACUCAUCCAUGCAGAGAAGGCGGAAACAGGCAGAGUGAAAACAAAGGUGUUCCUGGAGUACGCCAAGGCGGUGGGCAUCCUGCUGUCGGUAUUCAUCUGCUUCCUGUACGGCUGCCAAAACGCGGCAGCCAUUGGAGCGAACAUCUGGCUCAGCGACUGGACCAACGACGCCUUAACCAAUCACACUCAAGAUAAUAUUCACAAGAGGGUCGGGGUGUACGCAGCUCUGGGCAUUGCACAAGGUCUCCUGGUCAUGCUCUCUUCCUUCACACUAGCCAUGGGGAACAUCGGCGCAGCCAGGAAGCUGCACUUUAACCUGCUCGACAACAAAUUUCACACACCCCAGUCUUUCUAUGACACCACGCCUUUAGGACGCAUCAUCAACCGCUUCUCCAAGGACAUCUUCGUCAUAGACGAGGCUCUCCCAUCCACCGUGCUCAUGUUCCUGGGCACCUUCUUCGUUUCUGUCUCCACCAUGAUAGUUAUCAUUUCCAGCACACCCAUCUUUGCCACCGUCAUAGGGCCCCUGGCUAUCAUAUAUAUCUUUGUCCAGAGAUUUUACGUUGCCACGUCCCGACAGCUAAAGCGCCUGGAGUCAGUCAGCCGCUCACCCAUAUACUCCCAUUUCUCUGAGACCGUCACCGGCACUAGUGUAAUCCGAGCCUAUGGCAGAAACUCUGCAUUUGUUCUCAUGAGUGAUAUGAAAGUGGAUGAGAAUCAAAGGAGUUACUACCCGGGUAUAGUUUCCAACAGGUGGCUGGGGGUGCGUAUAGAGUUCAUUGGGAACUGCAUCGUUCUGUUUGCUGCUCUGUUUGCCGUGAUUGGAAAGAAGAAUCUGAGCCCAGGCCUCGUGGGUCUGUCAGUGUCCUACGCUCUGCAGGUGACCAUGUCUUUGAACUGGAUGGUGCGGAUGACUUCAGAUCUGGAGAACAACAUAGUAGCAGUGGAGAGAGUAAAGGAAUACUCUGAGACAAAGACAGAGGCCCCCUGGGAGAUUGAGGACAAGAAGCCCCCAGCUGAUUGGCCCAUGAAGGGGAACGUGGAGUUCCACGACUACAGCGUCCGGUACAGAGAGGGACUGGACCUCGUCCUAAAGAACCUCACACUGAGCGUGAAAGGAGGAGAGAAGAUUGGUAUCGUGGGUCGUACAGGAGCUGGAAAGUCCUCCAUGACACUCUGCCUGUUCCGACUGCUGGAAUCUGCAGGAGGAGAGAUCACCAUCGACGACGUGAAGAUUUCAGAGAUUGGCCUGCACGACCUGAGGUCCAAGCUCACUAUCAUUCCACAGGAGCCUGUGCUGUUUGCAGGCACACUGAAGAUGAACCUGGACCCCUUUGAGAAGUACAGUGAUGAAGAGCUGUGGACGGCUUUGGAACAUUCUCACCUACACAAGUUUGUGAGCAACCAGCCGGCCAAACUGGAGCUGGAGUGCUCCGAGGGAGGAGAGAACCUCAGUGUGGGCCAGAGGCAGCUGCUGUGUUUGGCUCGGGCUCUCCUGAGGAAGACGAGGAUCCUCAUCCUGGAUGAAGCGACAGCUGCUAUCGACCUGGAGACAGAUGAUCUCAUCCAGUCCACCAUCAGGACUCAGUUUGAGGACUGCACCGUCUUCACCAUCGCUCAUAGGCUCAACACAAUCAUGGAUUACACAAGAGUGCUGGUGUUGGACAAGGGACAGAUAGCAGAGUUUGACACUCCAGCAACUCUGUCACGGAAAGGAAUCUUCUACGGCAUGGCUAAAGACGCAGGCCUGACGCAGUAGAACUGCUUUUUGUCCCCAUUUUUACAAACCAUGGUUGAGGAUGAGCUCAGUCCAGUGUGACUUUGCAUUUCAGACCUGGCAGUAGAGCUGAAGAGUACCUGUAUCGUGCACUUGGUAUUUGUUUUCAGGGCACUCACUGCUGGUUUUGAAUGAAGCCUCCUCUGCAGACUUGGAUCAAUUAGCCAUUGCAAACAGUUGUGGUGUUUUCUAAACCCGCAUCAGAAGAAUGUACAUAUUCUGUGAUUGUCUUAAGUUUCUUGCACUGAAUGUGGCAAAGAAAUGUCCAUUUGGAAUCUCAUAAGGAAAAAACAAGCCAUAUAUGGAAAUACUAGUUGAUCCAAGCCUGCUUUUUAGUGCCUUCUGCUAGUGGGAUAAAGAAAGCAAGUGAAUGUGUACUUCUUUUAAUCGGCUGUCCGCUGUAAAAUAAACAACAACAAAGAAAGGAGGAACUUUUUUAAUUUUUAUUUUUUUCUACAAAGAAAAAUAUUGUGCCACUGUUACUUUCUUCAAAAACAACAACACACCUUUUGUGAUAAACCCACUUAUUUUUGUACUGUACCAUUAUUUAAGCUACUUUUUAAAGAAUUGAUUAAUCUUAGAGAAGUUGGCUCAGUUUAAUAUGUGAUUCUUUUGUGAACCAAAUCUAUUAAAACUUGAACUCUGUACCACCAAAAUAUGAAAGAUGAUAAUGCCUUUAUUAAAAAAGAGGAAGAACAA